UUGUGUGUGUCUGUAUUUCAAUUCCCAGGUUUCUCACACACGACCAGAGGAAAUUGCUUUUAGGAUCAAACAGGAAAUGCCGGUGGGCGUCUUACAACCCGCAGCGGUAUCUGUCUAUGAAUACUAUGAACAAACACGCUGUGUGAAAUUCUACCAUCCACAGAGGGAAGCUGGAAAACUACUGCAGCUCUGUAGAGAUAACAUAUGCACAUGUGCUGAAGAGAACUGCAGUAUGCAGAAGAAGGAAAAAAUCCCCAAUGAUGACCGCCAAGCUAAGAUUUGUGAAAGUACAGAGACCAGCAAAAUAGACUUUGCUUACAAAGUACUGGUUGAAGAGGUUGUAGAAGAGUUAUCCACAGACAGUCACAAAGUCAAAGUGCUGGACCCCAUCAAAGAAGGGAGUCUUGAUGUUGGUCCACUGAAUAAACAGCGCAUAUUUCUCAGUUAUCAACACUGCAGAGAAGCUUUAAGUCUGGAACAAGGAAAAACCUACCUUAUCAUGGGCUCAGAUAAAGAUAUUCACCGAGAUGACAAAAAGAAUACAUUCGAGUACGUAAUUGGUGAGAGAACCUGGGUUGAGUAUUGGCCUACAGCAGAAGAGUGUCAGACUGACAAAUACCGGGAUACCUGCUUGGGCUUGGAGGAGAUGGUCAAUCAGUACUCACUCUUUAGAUGCAUCGGCUAGUAAAACAAAAAA